CAUGUCCCCUAGGGGGCUCCGUACUAAUUAAACAUCAAACUCAUGUGCCAUUCAUAUUCCUCCUCCACUUGUUUUCCCUGCAGGCUUGCACAUGGGGAGUGGCCUAUGAGGUGGCUGACUCCCAAAUGGAAGAUUCCCUUCAGUAUCUGGAAAAGAGAGAGGUUGUGAUGGGGGGUUACAAAACAGAGAUGGUGGAGUUCAUCCCUAAGGAGGAGGGUCACGGUGCUCUGUUGGCCAUGGUCUACAUUGCUACUCCUGACAACCCCAUGUACCUCGGCCUGGCCUCAGAAGAGGUGAUCGCCGCCCGGAUUGCCAUCUGCAGAGGAAACACGGGCCACAAUAUUGAAUACCUGUUCCGUCUGGCAGAGUUUAUGAGGCUCUACUGUCCCGAGGUAAAAGACGAGCACCUCUUCUCUAUUGAGGCUGCUCUUCUGAACAUUUUCCAUAACUGCGAAGGGAUCAGACCUCCAGACCAAAAGUAUUUUCUUCGCCGAGCUACAUAAAAGACACUCCUCAUCACAUGUUUUUAUAUGGAAUUAAAGUCCUGCAACCUCUGUUUUAAGAUUUUGGAUGCUCUAAGAGGAAUACUUGCAUUUUUUUUUAAAGACGUAUACAAAAUCCAGAAGAAUGUGAUGCUUUUAAAACUUAGGGACGACUUCUCACACAUGAUAUAUAUCACCUUUCCGGUAAAAGGUUCUCAGAAGCAAUUCUAUACUGUUUACAUUUAAAGAAAAUAUAUAUUUAUUUGUAAUUAAAAACACAAAAGUCUGUAUGAAUGAUGUUUUUUCCACGUGACUAAGUUGCCUAGGGUUGUACCCCCCUGCGUCAUGCUCCCACAUCACAUGGCAGAGGAAUGUUCAUGUACAUGUGUGGCCCCCCUCACAGGAAAUGCUGACUUGUUAACUGCACAGAUUUGGCUGCUUUCUGAUAUCUUUUGUGCAAUUUAAACGUAUGGUAUACAUUCAGUUUAUGGGAAUCAGGGCUGAUGGUUUAUCGGAAUCAGGGCUGUUGUAUUUCAACCAGCCAGAUAGAAAAUGUUUUUCAUCAAGACAACAUUAGGGCCUUGAACCUCUUGAAUUCUGUCAGCCACAACGGUUGGGAAGCCAAGAAUCCUUAAGCACAUUUAACUUGACUUUUUAAAAUGUCUCAGAGGUAGCAAAUAUGCAUGCACACAUCUAGAAUAUUUGCAUUUGAAAAUACGGUAAUACCUAAAACCAGGCAUUAUUACGCACAGCAAAUAGUGCACUCAAUUAGCCAGGAGAAAGCACAGAGUGUGGAUGACUGCCUGCAUGCUCUUACAGUAUAGACGCUAUAGGGGCUCAGCUGGGAGGUGCAGAUAGGGUUUCUCUCUCUGUCCGGACUUUGAACAAGCUACAAUAAUAUGUACACAUGCCACAUGUCAGACUUCUUUAUAAAAACAAAAAAGAAUGUAGACAAGCUAGCAUUUAUGCCUAUAAACUGCAAAGUUACAGUGUGGCACGCUGUUCUGCUUUCCUAGAAAUCCUCCCAAAACUAGGUCAAAGUUUGAGAGAGGGCACAAGAUACUUCAGCAACAGCUCAGAUGUACCGAACAUACUGGACUGGAGAAAGACAUAGACAGAAUGCCUCGAGAUAUUUAUAUCACUGAAGUGUGUCAUUGCAUAACCAACGCUUUGUGUCCAGUUGUCCAUUUUAAACAAUGAUAAAAUUGAUAUGUUGAAAAACUAUUUAUCGCUCAUGCUGUUGCUGAAACACCCCUGAAAAAUUGUUUACUCAUAGCAAAGCACACCAUGCUAUUUGUGCUGUCUGAGACACAGACAAAGUGGCAGACAACAAUGACUCAACAGCACAAAUGUAUGUCACUGGUUUCUUCCAACAUGACUAACUUAAAGUAAAUAUUGUGCUAAACUAAAAUAUUUGAUGACUCAGUGAGUAAUCUGCCUCCCGGUCCAAACCCUACCUUGUUUGUACUUUAAUCCAUUCCUUCGUGUUUGCUUUGGCUUAUGAAUCACCAUUCAAUUCACAAAUUAGAAACACAAACAACCUUGUUAUGUAUGUGUCACAUCAGGUGUGACUGUGCCUUUAAGAUGGCACCGGGAGUUUUUGGGAUGUGUGAACCGGAUACAGUUGUGUUGUUGUGGUGUUGUCAUGGGAGCGUAUGCAACAACGUCUUCAAUAAACGGUCAACCUAAAUAUCGUAGUCCAUAGUCUUAUAUACAACAAACCUCACCUUGAAUUUUAACAGUACAUGAUGAUCAGUUCAUCAAUACGUUUUUAACCACUACUAUGGAGCUAUUUC